ACACGCAAAACACACUUAGCCAAAGAGCUCUCUCACCUUAGCACAUCUGAACAUAAAAUAAACAAGAUUGUAGUGGUUUUCCUGAUCUUGUCUUAGUGGAUCCCUGAGAAAUCAAUGAAAAGAGAAUACUGAACUGUGUUGAAGUAGAGAUGUCUAAUCAGCCGGUACAGCCGUUUCUUUGCGCUGUCAAGGAGGAGCCCUUUAUGACAGACUCAGACACUGAUGAGAAGCCAUAUGUAGACCUUAUUAACUCAAAAUCUGUGCCCAGUGGAGAGAACUCACAGCUUCUGUCUGGAUCAAGUUCUGGAAUGGCUGAAAUGGAUGAUAUUGAAUAUUGGACAAUCUCUGGGAAGAAGCCGUAUUUUGAUAUAAUUCUAGCAAAAUCACAUGUUGGUCCCAGAUUUCAACUGUUCCUUCCAACCACAAUUGUCCCAGAGCUUCCUUCUGCUAUGGUCCCUGUGGUUCUGACUUGUUGUGGCAAGAAUUGGAAUACAGUCUAUUAUGGAGGCAGGACAGGCAAAAGGUUUGGCCCCAGCUGGAAAAAAUUUGCAUCAGAUAAUGAGCUAAAGACUGGAGAUUGUUGUUUCUUUGAGCUCAUGGAGUCUACAAUGGCACAAAUCAAGUUUAAAGUUAUUAUUCUGAGAGGUGACCUGCCAGUCCUUCGUUUUGCUGAAGGAGAUGGUGAGACCCCAGAGAAAGCGAUCAUCAUUGAAUAGAACCAUCCGUUAGAUCUACAGAUUUCGUGUUUUGUCAUGAUGUAUCUCAAGCUUUUGGGACCUCAACUUAUGUGCAACAAUAUGCACAAUUUCUAUAAAGCUCACUCUAUAUCA